ACGUAUCCGAGAGUGUCCGGAGCGUGUCGGUGUCCGACAUGGAUACAUCACCUUCUUGAGAGUGUUCGUGCUUCAUAACUUGCCCCACAAGAACCUUAGACUUGGCAAGCCCAGACGUUUGUGUUUAGCCUCAAGGGAUGACUCAUAAUUUUGUGAAGUGGGAUGUGUGCCACCUUAUAUACUCCUUGGGGUUGCAAUAAAUAUGCUCUAUAAGCAAGACAAAGGACGCAAUACUCAAUGGAUGCCAUAUAUAGAUUUUUGCUAAUACACUAUAGGACUAACUACUCGGCAUUGUGAUUCUCCCAAACCCACACUUUUGCUAACCAUCUCUCUCUCUCUCUCAAAACAUCCAAAAUUGAUUUCAUGUUAUUCUUUACACUGAUAAGGCGAACAAUGAUCAACCAAUUUAAUGCCUUCCCUAACCAAGUUAACUGGAUGUGUUGAAUUAGAUGGGUGGAUGAUGCUUAAGUAGCAUACAAAUCGAAGUCAAAUCAAAUAACUUUUUCUUUCCAUUUUUUUACUUGUUUUUUUUUUUUGGGGGGGGGGGGAGAGAGUAAUUUACCCAUUUCCUCCUCUCCUCUACUCGGAUAAUAUACGUUGAAAUUUGGAGGUGACAUAAGAUAGUACUUGGACAAACAACUUUGUAUUUAUUUCAUCACUAUUUUGGUGAUUGUCGCUUCCAUUCAUUUUAUAUUUUUUUUUUGGUAAGUACUCAUUGUACUUUUUAGUAUUGUUGGUUUAAUCAUAUUCCCUAUAUUGGAAAGUUGACACCGUUGUUGUACACUAUGCUGCAAUCACAUCUUUGAUUCAAUUGUGGCAUAUUACCUGAUAUGGUUCCUGAUAUCCACUAUUACAGCAAUGAUAAUAAUGUAAGAUUGCACUUACAUUUUGCAUCCUCCCUUCAUCAUUGCUGUUAAUGAUGAUAUUUAUCAGCGACAAAAAUAGUAGCCCCUCCAUUCCAAUCUUGAGUUUCAUGUUUUGGGAAAACAAUUUUUCAGGAAGGACAAUUAGUGCACGUGGCACUUGUCAUUUUGAUGAAGUGCCUUGUUAUUCACGUACUUUGUUUGAUAAUGUUUAAUUAUAAAAUACUGGAAACACAGUUUGGGAUGGACAAGAAAAAGGCAAGUAUGAGAGCCAUUUAGUAUAGCCAGACUUUUGUAUGCUAAUGGAAGAACCCAAUCUGAAAGCAUAAAUGUGAUUUACUGAUGUCUUCCUUUGAUUUACAUGGAUUAAUGUGUUGAUUUUUUCCAAAAGGUUAGAUAUUAUGAUAAUAAGAUUGAAAUUUAAAAUGUGAGUAGUAAAUGCACAGUUAUAAACACUGAACACAGGCUAUAUUACUUUUCUUAGUAUAUCGGAGAGCGUCAUUGUAGUUCUUAGCAGCAUUUCUCUAAGAAUGUUACCCUUCCCCUGUGGUCUUGGUUUCCAGUGGUGCCGAUUGAUUUGCACAUUUUAACAAAUACCAAACUUCAUACAUCUAAGACCGUAAGAGGUAGGUUAAGCGUCUCAAGUUGAUAAUUGCCUUCCCUAACCUGCUAUCUGAGGAAUGGAGAACAAUGUCACCCUUUCAGUGGCAGAAUUUCAUGUGGAAUCUUUGAGUUUGAAUCUUUCUGUUUAGGCAGUCUAGUCACUUGUUUUCCAAACACACAUGAUUGUUACAUUUAUAGUCUUCUAAUGUGGUUUUUAUGCUGUGGGUGAUUGUCUGGUUUAUUGUCUAUAGGUUAAUGUAAUAUGUAUCAGCCUAAGGGUGUUGAUAGUUCAAGUUUAGUUCGCAGCAACACAGUGGUCCGUAGUCAGCCAUUAGAUUGUGGUGCUAGUGCAAUGGACCCUCUUCAUGGAGGUAGCAGUCCCAACAACAAUCCUGGUUUGGCCUCUAAGCAACGUCUACGUUGGACACAUGAGCUUCAUGAGCGAUUUGUUGAUGCUGUAGCGCAACUGGGUGGGCCAGAUCGGGCUACUCCCAAAGGUGUCCUCAGAGUCAUGGGUGUACAAGGUCUAACAAUUUACCAUGUCAAAAGCCAUUUACAGAAAUAUCGACUUGCAAAGUACCUUCCAGACUCCUCAUCUGAUGGAAAAAAAACUGACAAGAAUGAAUCUGGGGAUAUGCUUUCCAGCUUGGAUGGUUCAUCUGGCAUGCAAAUUACUGAAGCACUCAAGCUGCAGAUGGAGGUGCAAAAGCGAUUGCAUGAGCAAUUGGAGGUGCAAAGACAGCUGCAGUUACGGAUAGAAGCCCAAGGCAAAUAUUUGAAGAAGAUAAUUGAAGAACAACAACGACUCAGUGGAGUUCUUUCUGAAGUGCCUGGUUCUGGAGUCUCUGCCCCGGUAACAGGUGAUGACUGCCUGGAGCCUGAAAAUAAGAAUGACCCUGCAACCCCUGCCCCAACUUCUGAAUCUCCACUCGUGGACAAACCUGCCAAAGAACGUGUCCCGGCCAAGAGCCUUUCUGUUGAUGAAUCAUUCUCCUCUCGCCACGAGCCACUAACACCAGAUUCUGGUUGCCAUGUGAGAUCACCAGUUGAGAGUCCAAAAGGUGAAAGAUCAGCAAAAAAGCAACGAGUUAGCUUGGAUGCAGCAUAUGCUAAACCAGAGAUGGUGCAUGCGCACCCGAUACUGGAGUCAAGCUUGAGCCCACCUCAUCUGCAGCCACAUUCAGUUUUUUCUGACCAGAGAAAAGUAUGA